UCUAUUGUAAUUCGUAAAUACAUGACGGAAAGAUAGUAAAACUUGACGUCGAUAGAAGACGCCAUACGGCGGUAGGUUGAACGGCUGUGACGGGUUGGCAGACGAGCUGUGAAAAUUGCAAGCUUUUCCAUGGAUAUUUUGCUCAGUACCUGAACUCUGUGAUAAAUAUGGAUCAUAUCUAUACCGUUGGCGAAAAGCGGAGCUUAGAUGAGGGACAGUCAUUAUCAUCUUUGUAUGAUGAUGGAGGAGUUUGCACUAUAUCACCGAAGAGUGUGGUGGCUUUCACAAGAAUGACAUCAAAACAAGACAUGUACAGACAUAGGGUUGCUGUAUGUACUGUAUGCGUAGUUGACUUGAAUUGUCCGUACGAACCUCAUGCGAUACUGGAGACUCAGAAUAAAGUAACUGCACUGAAAUUCAGUUGUGAUGGUUCCUUACUGAUAGUAGUGCAAGGAAUGGGUUGUGUUGAACUCUUUGAAAAGGGUGCUGGAAUGGACAAGUGGUCUUCAGUACAUAAAUGUGAUUGGGAUGGAGAGGAUAUUCUUCAUAUUGACUUUUUCCAUGGAGGAAUUAGGGCUUGCCUCACAUCAAGUGAUCUGAAAGUUAAUUCACCAUACACUGAAAAGUUUGGUGCACAGGCACACAAACCAACUUUGAUGGACCAUGGGCAGUUUGCCCAUGUAGGAUUUUUUGCUGUGACAGCUUCAGGUUUGUUGUUGCUGUGUGCAUUGACUCAUGAGGGAACACUCUUUAUGGAAAAGAAGGUUGUCUUGGGCCAGACACGUGAUAACUUCACUGUAGCCUCAGCAGCUCUUGCACCAAGUGGACACAUACACAUAGCAACGUGGAAACCAGAGGUGAUCAAGUGCUGGCGUGCAGAACUCAAGUUAACGGAUCCGGACUAUGGGGGAGGAAAAAAAGACAUAAAAGUGAACAUCCAAGCAGCACAAUCUUUUUGCCCAUUUCGAUCUGGUACUGCAUGGCACAACAGUCAAAAGAAUGAAGGACUGGUUAGAGUGUCCUGUUUACGAUACACUGAGUGUGAGGACCCAAACAGUUUGUUAGUUGCAUUGACUGUUGAGAAGCCUGCGGAAGGACCAACUCCUCAACCGGGAGCAAAUACAAGUAGCUCAACUUCAGUGGUUCAUUUGGUACAAAGAUACCAACUUCAAGAUCAAAGUCGUCCGCUUCUCAAGUUAUUCAUGCCCAAGCCUGAUGCCCCAGGUAUCACUACAAAGGAAUGGAUGUGUGUGGGAGAAUGGAUAUCGAGUAGUAGUGUGGUGACUCUGGGUACUACUCUUCGUCAUCUUAUUCCAGGCUCCCAGUUACCAUUCAUUGUUACUGCAGCAACAAGUGAUGGUUAUAUAUAUGCAAUUAACAGGGACACAAUGCAGCAGAUAAGCAGCCAUAACACAAAUACCCGGGGAUCUGGAGAUGAACCUCCCAUAAGCAAGCGUGCAUCAGUAAGAUCGUCGUGUAGUUUCACUUUACCCCAUUCAUGGAAUGGCUUUUCUCUUCUGGAUGAUUCUCUUGGGAGCUUACAUUUUCUCACUCUAGUGAGGCCUGUGGAUGUUGGUCCUCAGUGGGCAGUCACUUUAAUCUUACUGCUUGAAUUUGCUCUGGUUAGUGGUUAUGAUUGGUGGGAUUUGUUGAUCUUGUGUCCCACAUCAUCUGUUCAAACACUUAGUGACAAACUUACUGAGACUUUCAUGCAGCAUUCUGUUCCCUUGGUACAGCAUCUUUAUACACGAUUUUUAGUUAUGAAAACAUCUAUGUUAAGGUUGAUGGGCAGUCAGCAGCAGAGGGCUAUAGAAGCUCGACUUCAAGCACAGUUAACAGCUAUUCAGCAACUGUUUAGAUCCUUACGUCCAGUUACCUGUGAUGUUGCUACUGCAGACAAAAACAUUAGUGCAUCAUUACAAGCUUACUUAGAAAGUCGACCAUCUCUAGAUAUUUUAGACAUUGAUAAGUCUUUAGACAAUAUACUGACCUCAAUCAAUAUCAAAGACUGUCAGAUUGAUCCUGGGAUGCUUCAGAACCUCCAGCCAUUGAUUCAGUUCUCAGUUGAUUUGGCAUUGUUUAUCCUCUUCAUGUUGGCACAGAACUCCAAGUUUGAGUUAGCUAGAGAUCCGAAAAUUGUACAGAGCCUUCGAGAAUUGUUAUUUGUUGCCCGCCUUUGGAAUCGUCAGAAUAAACUUGUUCAACCUCAGUUGUUUCACAAGACUCAGUCUGUUGAUGUUUGGGCACAGAUCUACAAACUUCUUACUCGGCUUGCACAGAUUCUUCCUGCAGAACCAGAUUCUAGUUUGAUUGAUGAAUGUUUGUUACUUGAGACCCAGGUUGUUUGUAGAGAGUUGCCUUUAAACAUCCCACAUCGAGGUGUCCUUGCAGACAUGGCUUCAUCUAAACCAUUUCCUUUACAAUAUGAAUUUGGACAAGGCGAAACCAAUGUGAUGAAUAACAAUUCUCAAUCCCACAUUCUUGAAGGAGCUUUACCACCAAUCCAGCUUCUUGAUCCUCUCCAUUACCACUAUUUGGCACCUCAGGAACCAAAAUUGAAUUGUACAAGGUGUUGCAGUGUAAGAGCUAGUUGGUGGGGGGAUGUCGAUGCUGUAUGGGAUCAGCAUUGGGCUUCAAACUGCCUUUGUUCUGGACAUUGGGCGCGUACUCCUGUCAAUCCAUCAAAAGCUGCCUGAGUACCACCAGAAUUUUCCUUUCAGUGGUGCAUUUAUUUAUUUAUUUUGUAAGAUGGUGUUGCCAAAAGUAACAAAGCAUUUUAAUGAUAUUUAAAGCUACUUCACUGUUGACCGACAUCUGUCAUAAAUUGUCAUGGUUCAAGUUCUUGUGGGUAUUGUAAAUCUGACUUGAAAGUUAUUUUUAAGCUUUUUAUAUGACACUUAACAUUAAAUUAGAAUUAGGGAUAAUGUGUUAUAUAGCAUUCAUUCACUGUUUCUGAGGAACUUAAUGGCUUUUUUAUAUAUUUAAUUUUAUCAGAAAUCAUAUAAUUUAGCACAGGCUUAAUUGUGCAGUAUUUAUUAUUUGUAAAGUCUUUGGGACUUACUAUUGUAAUGAAUAACUGUUACGUAACUUACCAUCUUGUUGAAUAACUGCUGUAGGUCAUGUGUUACGGAUUUCAGCCUUAAAUGGCAAUUGGAUUUUAAACUUGAAGCUAAAUCAUUAUUUUUGUCAUUUACAAAUGCAGCAGUACCUCAGUACUUGGCUUUGCUCCAUUCCAGAAGGCUGUCCAAAUGCAGAAUUGGAGUAUGUACUCAAAGGAAUAAUGCUUCUUGGUUGUAACAAAACAUAGCAAUGAGGAAUCAUAUAAAAACCUACAGAAAAUACAUAUAAGAAGUAUAUUAAAAGUUAUUCUCACACUACCUGUACUUUAGGGUGGGUGGCAUAUAUAGGAAGGUGGUGAGAAUGGUGGAGAAGUGUUAUUGUUUGGAAGGGGAGUCCCCUUCCAUACAAAAAGCUGGCAGCUCAGUUCAUGGCUUCUUUCUUUUUUUGUCUCGUUCUAUUGCUUUCCAUAUUAAACUGGUUUUAUGAUGUUUUUUUGCCUAAGUGUUGAAAAGUUCUUGAAGUGAGAAAUAGCAAUGUGACUCUGCAGGUUGAUAACACUGCUUCAGCUUUAUCACUAAUAUUUUUCUAGGAAACUUGGCACUUCCCCAGUAUGCACACUGUCCCUCUCUCUUCUGAAGAAAAUUCCUCAGCUGGUCAUUCUGUGGUGAGCUCUGCUUUUUUUUAUCUCCUCCACUAACACAUCAUCACUGACCUCAAAGCCCAUGGACUUGCCCAAAGAAGCAACCUGACCUGCUCCACAACAGGCCCAACCUCAAAGCUUUUAAAGUUCUAUUCUGCUAGAGCAUCUGGCCACAAUGUCCUUCAGGCAGAGUUCAUGGUUCUGUAACAGAUAUCCUCCUAGGCUUUGUUUAUGAGGCGCAUUUAAUUAAGAAUGUUUAAUUGGUUAUUCUGGAACACUCUAAGGGACAAUUUGUAUCAGAAGUCACUUUAAGCACCUCUGGAAUAGUGCUUAGGUGUAGAGUUUCCUAGAAUUGGAGAGGACUUGUCAGUGGACUGGAUGAGAGGAGUCAUGUUAGUGGACAAGCAUUUCACUGUUAUGAAGUUAAACUCCUGCAGUAAAUUACCCUCCAAGCCAGGAGGAUAAGCAGGGCCACUGUCUGACACAUGAAUGGCCUUGAGAGGCUGUUGUUUGUCCUCAAGGUAGUUCUUGACACUAGAGUCAACCAAUUCUUUCGAAAAAAAAACAAAAAUGCUUGGUUACUCGAGCUUCACUGUUAGCCCUCCACAUCACAUUUAUUUUCCAUUUUCUUAAAAACUUUCAGGUACUCAGAGUGGUAGGCAAAGGCUUCAUCAAUUGUAAAUCCCCAUUUGCAUUCACACAGAGCAAAAGAGUGAGUCUGUUGUUCUCUGGCUUAUGUCCUAGCAGCGACUUUUCAAGUUAUAUAAGUUCUGAUUGCCAUUUUCUUCCAAUACAGACCUGUUUCAUUGCCAAAGAACACUUGGUAAGGAACAAGACCUACAGCCUCUACAUAAUCCUUGAAUUCCUUAAUAUACUUCUCAGUAGCAUCUUUGUCAGAACUGGCAGCCUCCUCAUGCCUCACCACGCUAUGUAUGCCACUUCUUUUAAUAUCUCAAACCAUCCAUGACUGGUUCAGAACACUUAAGUACUACCUGUGUCAGCACUCAUUCCUGUCCGAGUACUGGGGUACAACUGCAUUUGAUUCUGGUAAAUUUAUGUAGUUGACUGCAGUUAAGGUUGCUUGAAACAAAAUAUUGUACAUAACAAAUAGAAGAGUUGAUAGUCAAGAUAUUUAAAUGUAAGGGUAUAUAUUUAGCCUAUAUUUCAUGUACCUGUACACUCAAAUUGUCAAUAAAUUUGGCCUAAUA